AUGUCUGCUGCAACUAUAAUCAACGCUGUUAAUCUUCAAUUUAGUCGAUUAGCACCACUCGUAGUAUUUAUUUUUGGGGUUCCUGGAAAUAUUUUUAACAUUCUCAUUUUUAUACGUCCAAAUCUUAUCAAAAAUCCAUGUUCAACUUAUUUUUUCUGCUCGUCAUUGGCCAAUUUAAAUGUUCUUUUCUUCGGUCUCAUCCCACGAUCACUUGCGGAUGGUUUUGGUAUUGAUCCUGUUUCAAAUAAUCUAGCAUUUUGUCGAUUUCGUUAUUUCAUGGUUCACCCUUCUGUGGUUCUUUCGUCAUGGUUUACCAUCUUAGCUGGUAUUGAUCGUUAUUGUAUUAGUUCAAGAGAUGUGCAUCGUCGUCAACUCAGCAAUCUAAAAUAUUCACGUUAUAUAUCUGCUAUAACAGCAUUCAUAGGUUUCGCUAUAUAUUCCCAUCUUCUUGGUUUAUUUGUGAUGCAACAACUCAAAACUGGUCCAUAUUGUUAUGCUUUAGUUGGACCUUAUCGAGUUUUUUUAUGA